CGCAGUAAGAGAGCCAUUAAUCCACGCGCGCAUUCACGCCCGCAUCCGCGAAACUGAUACACUCCGACCCACCAAAAGCAGCAACCCAUUAAUCUCCUCCCCUUUUUUGCUUUCCUAUUAAAUCCAGAAAUUCUUGCCACAGAAAUCAGAUUUGCUAGCGGAAACAGCUGCGCCGUCGCGUCCUUGUGAUAUAAAAUUCUUGCAAAAAAAUUUCGGGGUUUUCCCCCUCUCCUGGCUUCGAUCAAACUGAUAGGGAGUUGAUAGAAACAAGAACUGUCUUAGCGGGUGGUGAUUUCUGGAGUAUCCCCGAUUGUUCCGUCGUCAUGGCUCGAUCGGCAAUUUAGUUCCGAUUGUGAGUUUGUUGAGCAUUUCUAUCUAGGGUUUCCGAUUCCCCGCCGCAAGGAAAAGUUGCUGGAAUCGUAAUCGCUGCCCCCUUUUUUUUUCUUCUUGUUUUCUUUGUCUUUGCUUCAGAAUUUUUUUGGCGAAUUUUUCGUGGAUUCCUCGAGGAGAAAGGCGUGACCAGUCCCGAUGCAGUACCACCACCGCAGCCGACUGCCGCCGCCGCCGCCCCCGCCGCCGUUCGGCCGCGGCGGUGGCGCCGUGUACCCCCGCGGCCACAGGCAGCUGUACGCUCCUCCUCCUCCCCGGCCGCCGCUUCCUGCCCCGCCGCCGCCGCCGCAGCGCAGGUACGAGGUGCUUAUGGAGGCCGGCCGCCUCGCGGCCGAGUACCUGGUAUCCACGGGCGUGCUCCCGCCGUCCUCGCUGCAUCGCGGCAGCGGCGACGCGUGGACCGUUCCUCCUCCUCCACCUCCGCCUAUGUCCAUACCCCCGCCACCGCUUCAAAAGCAGCAGGAACCCCCGGCGUUCUACGGCCGGAGGAGGUAUGAGAAUGUAUAUAGCAACAACAACCCUGGCAGCCGGCCUAGGCGGAAUAGCAACACUAGCAGCAGUGGUAGUAGAGAUGAUUACAGUAAUGGUGGUAGCUACAAUGGGAGAGGAAAGAGGAAGUAUGGGGAGUAUAGAAGGGGGUAUUCUGAUUGGGGACGGGACAGGGAGAAGGAGAGGGGAAGGUCGAGUUCGAAUGGUCGACGGCAUGAGGAAGAUGACGAUGAGGAUGGUGCUCCUGGGUUUCGGAGGGAUCGGCGGGGCAGUGGGGGGAAUGAUGAGGCCAGGAGUUGUGUGACGGAAGAGAUAAGGGAGGCGACGCCUUUGAUGGUGAAGGAUGUAGUGGACAUGGAAAUGGAGGAUAUCAGGUCGAACGCAGUGAGCUCCAGUGAUGAUGUUAGGAAGGAUGCUGAUGCUUUGUCGGCGGUGCAUACUGAGAAUGAGGAAGGUGAGACGAAGGAGAAUAAGGUAUCAAGUUCAGAAUCAGAGGUGGUGGAGCAAGGGGUGGAUACUAAUGGUGAUGUGAGUAAAGUUAUGGAAGCAGAGAGAAAACUCUUGCUAGAUGGCAAAGUUGUAGAUGAGAAAGCUGAAGAUAAUGGCAAAGUUUUGUGUGAGACUUCUUUGGAUCGUAUUACAUUGGAUGAUGACGCGACAAAUUUGGAAAACGGUUUACAUGUUGACAGGAGGAAUUUGCUUCAACACUGUGGCUUUGCAAAAGCCCCAACAAGGCCCAGGUCAGUGCGUGCACAUAGAAAUAUAGUAACGGAAACAGCCAAUCGAGUUUUCUCUGGAGAAGCUUCGCAGAUGGCAGUCAAUGAAGUGGGAGAAGAGAAGCUUUUGACUAACAUCCAGUCGGACAGUAGAGAAGAUGAAUUCCACCAAGAAAACAAUGGCUCUAGCGCAGCUUGUAAUGAAACGGUGGCACCAAUGCCUCUCCAAGAAAACAGAACAUCAGAUGUGACUGAAAAUAUGAGAGAAGACAAGAACAAUGCACAACUCCAUCUUGUUCAGCAACACAAGGAAGAAACUGAUGUAUCAUCUCUGACGACUGCUCAGAAAGAUAGCUUCAUGCAAGAAAAUGACAUGUCUCCAUUGACUGCUUCACGCGAGGAUGUCAUGAUUCAAGAAACCAACCUAUCUAUGUUGACAGACACACAUGAGGAUAGCUUGAUCGAAGAAACAAAUCUAUCUCCGAAGAUAAAGUUUCAAAGUCAUAGCUUGAUCGAAGAAACCAACCUAUCUCCUUCGAUAGAUGUCACGGACCAGCACAAAGAUAGCUUUAUCAAAGAAACAGACCUAUCUCCGAAGAUAAAGUUUCAAAGUCAUAGCUUGAUCGAAGAAACCAACCUAUCUCCUUUGAUAGAUGUCACGGACCAGCACAAAGAUAGCUUUAUCAAAGAAACAGACCUAUCUCCAUUAACAGCUUCUCACAAAGUUAGCUUGAUGCAAGAAACUGCCUUACCUCCGAUAAUGUCUUCGGACGAACAUAACUUAAAUCUGCAAUUUAAGGAAGGAUCACAGAUUUGUGAUAUUGAAAUAUUGCCACAAGAUGUAGACUUGAUUGAGUUGUCCCAUCAAAGGGACAUCGCUGGUGCUGAACUAUUAUCAAUUGUUGAGGCUGAAGAUAUCAUCAAAAUGGAAGAAGAAAAGCUGGAUCAAUCGAGGUCAUUUGAAAUACAUAAUAAUCCUGGGUUGGGCCAAAGUUCUGCACAAGUAUCCUCUGCAGAUCCUCAUAAACUACUGCAGGGAGAUUUUGGAGCUAGUAAAUUAGAGGAAAUGAACCCAGAAUUAUGCCAAGCUUCAUUAGACAGUAAGGCUGUCCAAGUAAUUGGUAUAGAAGAUGAAACAAAUAUUGAAGUUGCUGGCUUUGAUUCUUCAAAAGCAAAGAAUGAGAUGAUAUGCUCUAGCAUGGAUGACUUGCUGCACCCUGGUAUACAUACCGAUGAACUUCCUGUUAUUCAAGAUGGUUACAAUUUUACACUUUCUGAUUACCUCGGUGAUGAUAUACCCUGCUACACAUCAAUGCAACCGGAUCUUCAAGCUGGUAUAUGUUCCAAUGACUCAGAGGGUAUCGCUAGCAUGGAUGAUUCAAUAUAUGGUUCUCUCACUGAUAUUGGUUUCAUGGAUGUUUGGGACCAGCCAGCUGAGGACUUUGCGAAAUUCUUCUAAUCAGGGUGCUUAAAUUGUUGAGAAAUGCGGGGGAAAUAACAUGUGUAGAAUAGCAUAGGCAAGAAUAAGUAGAUUGCGCCUCUUCUCAAAGGAACGGCACAUCAGUCGUAAUGUAGCCAUAGAGAAAUUCUAGAUGUCAAUAUCGGUUUGUUGGACAAGUCCCUCAUUCAAAUGUUUUUUUAUGUGUAGACAUGCAGAUUGACAUCAUAGGAUUGAUAGAUAAUCUUUUUUCUUCUUUUGAUACUGCUGUGCUGUAAGCCUGCCUUUAUUGCAUGAUCAGUGCACGCUAGUUAUGCUCCAGGUUUGACUUUAUUUGGGCCAACAAGAGGUAUGAUAAGAUGAUCUGUUUGC